ACAGCUUCCCUUGGCAACGGCUGAUCUCCCCCCACAUCCCCACACCCCCGCUUAACGGUUACCCGGGUAACAAAGCGCACCUGCUGCUGCUGGUUCAUGUCUGGAGACGCACGCAAGAGUAGAAAUGAUGGACGGAGAUAUAACGGGACUUUUUUAUUGUUGUUGUUUUUCUACAAUGUGUAAAAUCCCGUGAUCUGGUUCACGCGACCUCAGAGUUCAUGGUACUUAUCGUGUCUCGACGCUCGUGGACAUUUUGUGUCUCGACUGCUGACGAUUAACGCGCGUGAAUAUUGACAGAGAAAAACAGAACAGAGCCUUGCUGAGGAGACUGAGGAACCUAUCACCGAGGAGACAGAGCCAAAAGAGGAAGCAGUGCCGCAGCAGACCUCCCCCUCUCCACCUCCAAGUCCUGAGCCAGUUCAGAUCUCUGAGCCUGAAUCAGAACCAGAACCAGAAGCAGAGAGCAGGACCCAGGAAUCCCACUCAGAAGCUGAGCCCGUAACCCAGCAGCCGCAGAAAGCAAAGGAAGAGGGUCAAAGCGCUGACGCUGACAAAGCUGGUGAAAAAGAGGAAGAAGCUACUGGGGACGGCUGUGGUGCUCCCGUCAGCUGUGAUGCAUUUAAGAGCUGCCUGAUGCGCAUUCCUCACACCUCCGAGUGCCUCGGCAACAUCAACGCGUUCUUCAAAGAGAACGGCAUCUCCACUCCCAAAAUACCUUCCAUGCCUAAGCUACCCACCCAGCUCUCUGAUGUUACCAAGUUCUUACCCACCCUCCCCCCUGAAUUGCGCCAAGAGUUCUCGCAGAUCCGACUAACGCAGAUCCCCCGAAAUAUUGCCCAGACUGUGACUGAGUUCUUGCCCAAAACCCCAGAGGGUUCAGUCAGCCUCAGUCUUCCCCAGAGCGUUUUGAACAUCCCGCAGAAGCUCUCCCAGUUCCCCAGCCAAACGCAGCAGUACUUCCUCAAUAUCCAGAACCGCCUCAACAGCCUUAUGCCUCAAGAUGCCUAAGAAACAGCAACAGCAACAGCAAAAACAGCAGCAACACAACAAUCACCAAGAUGUUGAACUGAACCGGCUCGUACGACACUCCCCUCUUCCUCCUCCUCACCACCCGCAGCUCCAGUCCCGCUCCCCGUCUCCGUCCUCCCCCAAUGGUAGCGCCCUCGAAUUGCCCAAUGUCCCAUCCUACCCACGCCUGCCACCAAUUGUCAGCCCCCCAUCAAAGCAGCUCAACUCACCCUCCCGUCAGCUGUCAGGUCUCUCUAACCCGGCGUUCUUCAUUGAAGAUGACUCAGACAUUUCAGCAAUAAGACCCACAGAGAGCUCUAGCCUCAGCCAUCGUCCAGCAGUCAAUGUAGAGGAUGUUGACUCGGACCACGAGAAAGGAGGGGAAGGAGGAGGAGGAGGAGGAGGAGGAGGAGGAGGAGGGGAGGAACAGAGCAAUAUCCCACAAAUCCUCACCCCUCAGGACCCCAAAAUUAUAACCCUCACUGUCCCUGUGACCCCCUCCAGAGGUCGUCAAAGCAAAGCAGAUAAAGAGUAAGACAACUGCAUGGAUCGUUUGAGUUGUAGUGCUUCUUCUUUCAUUAUUCUUUUUCUCCAGUGAAACCAAACACACACAUAAUGUAUACGCAUUCAAGAGAUUAUGUUAUUUGGGUCAAGGUGCAAUCUUUUCUGUUGGCAGGUGAAGGGUUUUCAACUAAUAUGAGAUCAGGUUAAAUAAUGCAACAUUGAGAAGAUAAUAGAUUGCAAAACAUUUGCUUAUAAAAUACAGAUAAUUUCAGUGAUAUAAUUAUAUUUUAUCAUCAUUUAUGGUUUUAAUGAAUUCUUAAUAAAUGUAUAAUUUGGGGUAGAACUUUGUCAUGUUUUCCCUCUGCUUUGUGCUGUUUGAAAUGGAUCUACUGCCCUCUACUGUCUGUUGUACGCUCUGGAUUUCAGUGUCCUGCAGAAACAUUGUGUGCUGCUUAGGAAUAUUGGAAAUAUCUUUCUAUUUGGUCCCACGGUUGUGAAAUUGUACUGCACAAAUAAUGACACACACAAGAUGUUUAUGCAGAACACAGUCGGUCACGUGAAUCAUUGUGGAGCUAAAUUGUUUGUGUUGUUUUCUGUUCACUUUUGCAUGGUUUUCACAGAUCUUUGUUCUUUUUGGCUGUUGUGUGGAUAUUGUCAUAAUAUAGCAAAAGUCAAUAAAUGGAUGCAUCACA